GGCGUCCGUGGAGGUGCUGCUGCUGUUCCUGCGGCUGCUGUACUUCGCCAUGGCAGUGGAGCGACUGGGCAGCUUCUUCCGCAUGCUGUUCGAGGUGCUCCGCAACCUCAGCCUCUUCUUCGUGUUCUUGGGCGUUUUGUUCAUUGGUUGGGGUCUGGCGCUGGCGGUGUUGCUGGGCCGCGAGGGCACCAGCAUCACGCGCACCUACCUGCAGCUGUUCACCUGCAUCUUCGGCGACUUCAACAUAGCGCUGCUCACGGAGGAGGACCUGGCCAGCGAGGGACUCAUGGCGCUGCGCCGGAUAUUCUACUCCCUGUACCAGAUCCUGGUGAACAUCAUCCUGCUGAACCUGCUCAUUGCCAUCAUCAACGACGGAUAUGAGCGCGUGAGUGACUCGGAGAGCUAUGAAAGUCAACGCAGCAAGCUGUUGCUGGUGGUGGAGGUGGAGUCGGUGCUGCCGCGGCGCCUCGCCCGCACAGUGCUGGAGGGCUUGGCUCGGACGGAGCUUUACGUCAUUACGCCCGAGGCCGCCACCGCAGGCGGAACCAACCCUGAGGACCCGAGCAGCUCGGGCGUCCUGGCCGGGGGACCCCGGGCGCCGCUGCAGCCGCCAUCUGCCUGGUACGGGCGCCUGGGCGAGACCAAGCGCUACGUGAUGGCGGUGCGGGAGGUGCUGCACCAGCAGCAGUCUGCAUUUGAGCACCGCAUCAUGCAGCAGCUGGGCGCGUACAAGAAGGGCGCCGCGGCUGGCGGCGGGGGCGGUGGAGGCACGCUGCGUGACACGCUGAGUGCGGCCAUGACUGGCAGCAUGCGGCGCAUGGUGUCUGAGGACUCGGAUGAGGAGGAGGAGGCCCAGGAGGAGGCUGGGCCGCAGCAGCUGCAGGAGAGCAUGCGGCGGCUAGGCGAGCAGCUGGAGGCGGUGCAGCACCAGACGGCGGCGGACGCGCGGCAAGCGGCGCAGGAGGCAGCUCACGCGGCGGGUGAGGCGGUGAUGGCCGCGGUGCAGCAGCAGCUGGGGCAGGCGAUGGGGGAGGCACAGCGGGUGGUGGCGGCGGCGGUUGCGAGCAUGGAGGCUGCGGCGGCAGCAGCGAGGAGGAGCGCGGGGAGGCGGGGAGGGAGCGAGCGUGUGCGUGUCCGCAUCCCGGCAGCUGCCAAGCGUGAGGGCAAGUGAUAAUGCGGAGCCCAACCAUCGGGCGCUUCAUUCAACUUCAGGGUUGCUAACUUCCGUGUUUAAUGUGACCUGCAAUUUGUUGCUGGAAUGCAAUGGCGGGCAGUGUUGCAUGUAUGAUUAGAAAGGGACAGGCCAUUGGUACAGCCGCAGGCUUCAUAGGAGGAAAGCGCCUGCCUCAGGACGGCAUAUCAUGCCUUAUUCAUGUCGAAGAGUACCUCUCGAACUGUUGAACGCAUCACACAACUGGGGACGCCAGUGUUGUCAUGUUUGGUGGACUGGGAGCGCGGCGUUGCGCGUGUGCCGGGUGCGGCGGCAUCAGUGCCUUGCGAGCCGCCCGCUGAGCGUUCGAUAUAGUGCACAGGGAUGCAUGUGGAGUGGCGGACUUCCAAAUUCCAAUGCUUGCUAGGACUUGCCGUACCACUGUACUGGCUGACUUGCUAACACGACGGCGCAUUUGCAUAAGCAUGCUAGGGCCCCCAAGCCAGGUCGCGUUGAUGCAAGCUGGGAAGAGGUUGUGUAAUGAUAAUGAUGUGGGGUCACACGUGAGUUGGCAGAGCCGCACGUGAAGGCUUGCAAGGAUCAGCUGUAUCGCUUUGUAACUGCGUCUACCCGCUCGGCCCGUCUGUAAGAGCCAUUAGCC